ACACGGCGAGGAUAAAGCAAGAUGGCGUCUGACGGUGAAGACGUUAUUGCAGUCGUCACAGUUCAGUGUUCUUAAUCUGUGCCUCCAUGUACACAUAUAUGUCCUUUAUUACACUCUAGUAAAUAGAGUAAACAUCGUUAAUAACUGUUUGCAUCCGGUUAUAUUAGCCUGAGCGCACUUUGAUGCUUCUCCAGCUAGCUUAGCUUAGCUUGUUAGCUUAGCUUGUUAGCUGCUAACAAAGAGAGGCGGAAGUGAUCAAAACACAUCGCUAAGCAGAGAUCAAGUGUGAGUGUAAAGUGUUGUGAUUGUGUGAAAAUGUGCGAAAGAAACAUAGCAGAGUACGAGGAGGAACUUUGUCCAACAAAAGAGGAGAAGGAGCGACAACAUCAAAAACAUCAAGUUGUGUUACACAGAACAGACGUCUGUGAAGAACAUCUUCACCCUAAGCAACAGAAGUGGAGCUUCAGGAUGCGGACAGAGGAGCCACAGCCCCCCCACAUUAAGAAGGAAGAGGAAUACCCACUGAUCCCCCAUUUUAAAGAGGAAGAGGUGGAUCUACUGACCUCUUACAUCAAAGAGGAAGAGGAGGAACACAGCAUCAGUCAGCAGGGAGAGCAUCUUGAAGGACUGGAGGAGGUUGAUGUCACCAAGAUGCCAGUGACUGGUGUCCCUGUGAAGAGUGAAGAUGAUGAGGUCAAAGGUGAGAGUGAGGAGAGGGGAGGGGGGGAGCCUCCAAGCAGCAGCUCAACUCAACACAUGACAACAGAAGCUGAUGGAGACCACUGUGGAGGAUCACAAGCAGACAAGCUCUUAGCUCCACUAUCAGAUAGUGAGGACACAACGUCACACUCUCCUGACACUGAUGAUGAAGACUCUAAAGAUGAUAAGACAUGUCACACUGACAACACACACAUCACGUGUUCUCUCUGCGGCAAAACUUUUAAAUAUCCUAGCGAUUUGAAAAGACACAUGAGAAUACACACUGGAGAAAAAGCUUUCUCAUGUGUAAUCUGUGGUAAAGGCUUUACUCGAAGUGACUAUUUGAAAAUACACAUGAGAAUACACACUGAAGAAAAACUUUUUUCCUGCUUAGAAUGUGGCAAAAGUUUUACGCAUAACCACGAUUUGAAAAGACACAUGAGAACACACACCAGAGAAAAAGCCUUUUCAUGCGCAAUCUGUGGUAAAGCUUUUACUCGAAGAGACUAUUUGAAAACACACAUGAGAACACACACUGGAGAAAAACCUUUUUCCUGCUCAGAAUGUGGUCAAAGUUUUACGCAUCAGAAUGAUUUGAAAAGACACAUGCGAAGACACACUGGAGAAAAACCUUUUUCCUGCUCAGAGUGUGGUAAAAGUUUUGUAAGACAUCAACUUUUAAAUGUACACAUGAGAACACACACUGGAGAAAAACCUUUUUCAUGUUCGGUAUGUUGUAAAAGUUUUAUACAAAUUGCGCAUAUGAAAAGACACAUGAGAACACACACUGGAGACAAACCUUAAACAUGUUCGGUAUGUUGUAAAAGUUUUAUACAAAGACAGCAUUUGAAAAGACACAUGAGAACACACACAGGUGAGAAAGUGUGGAGUUGCAGUGUGUGUGGUGAAAGAUUCUCUUCUAAGUACCAGUGUAAGAAACACAAGUGUGCUGGUGAGAACAGCAGCAGCAAAUGAAGAUGCAGGAUUUGAAAUAAACUGUCAAAUCUUAACUUUGACUUUCUAACAACAUCAGCACAUAGAUUCUAACAUUUAUAGAUUAUGUAGUUUAGAUUAUUGCUUUUUUCAGUCAAGUACAUGUUUUAAUAUACAACAUUGUGUACUUUUAUUUAAAAAUAAACACAUCACUUUGACUGUAAAGGUGAGAAUAAACAGGAAAAAACAUGUUACAAAUACUCUUUUUGUGUAUAGAGGUAUUCAGAAAUCAUUUUUAAUUUUUAAUGAUGUUAUAGAUGAACUCCUUUAUAUGAUGUACAUAUUUGUUUUACAUGUGUUCAUACCUUUGCUUUUGAGUACACAUAAAUCCCUCUUAGUUCAUAUUUACUGGUUCACAUCUGAAACAUCUUCUGGACCACUUCUGGAAGCAUAUUAUUAUUUACUUUAUACAUCAUUUGAGCAGUUAUCUUUUUUACAAAGUAAUUUACUUUUCAAAUGUUGGACUUUAUGAAUCAUUUGUUGGGUCUCAAUAAUCCAUUGUUUUAAUUGUCUUUAUUACUCUCUUUUGUAAUAUGAAUAAAGUUUUAUAUGUAUGUCCCCUUUAUGCAAUAUGUAGAUUAGAGAAAAUGGCAACAUUAUAUGUGGAAAGUUAUGAAGGAUAGUUUUGUUUUUAAUAAUCUACAUAUCUUAUUAAAAAACUACACAUGACAAUUGUUUUCUAAAGUGUCCCCCCCCCCUUUUUUUAGAACCCCUCAAACAUCAAUUUCAGAAAACAUGGGAAAGUUUGGAAUGUUAGGGAAAAGUCAUUAAUGUACAUCAUCCCACAGAUCUUAACUGUACAUCCAUCCAUUUGUUCUACCACUUGUCCCUUUCAUUUUAUAUGUAUAGCCUUUCAUCACAAACUUGUCCACCAAAGGGUGUUGCGUUUUGGAGAAACUCCUUCAGUCAGAGUGCUGUUCAACACAGUAGAGGAACCCAAGGAUGCACAGGACGCUGAGUAAAACACUUCUUUUACUGCGGAAAUUUACUCACCAAAACAAUCCAAACAGGAAGAAACAAAAAGCGACGGUGCGAAAGAGAGAAGACAAAAUGUGCAUUGUGGGGGAAAAAAAAGCUACUUGUGUACAAAAAUAAACUCAGGUUGGUUUGGAGUUACAAGACGUGCACACUACAAAACAACACCAAGAUGGAUGGCACUGGGAAUGGCCAAGGUAGCAAAAUACUGGAAGCACGGAAUCAACUGGCGUGGAGUGGAACCACCGAGUGCCAUCCAGCUGUCAAGGUGCUGCUUAAGUAGCACCAGGGUCACUUGGAAGCAGCUGUGCACGUCCCACAACUCCGCCCACAAGGGCAACACAGGAACUCUAGGAGGAAGGAGAAAUGUAAGAACAAGGUCAACUGCACCAAAAGAGGAAAACUGACUGUUGGAGCCAAAUUUCCUUAUUUGUUUGUAUUGUUUUUAUUUAGUUUUCUCUGAUUGAUUGCUGGCAUCACUUUAUGCAGAAUUUCCCUUUCAGCAGAUUGCUCUGCCCACUUUACUUUUGUGAAACAGGAAGUGUGGACAGGUAUGGGACUGUUGCUAUGGUGCGGUUGCCAUGGUAGCCUCCUUUAAUUGUGUUCAGCUGGGAAGACUCGGGGGGCGAUUGCAUGGAGGACAAACAGUUUUGGAGCGUGUGGUGUGGUGUGUGGUCAGGUCUCGCUGCUGUGACAAUGUGCCAUUCAAGGUCAGCAUACAUCAUGUUCUAGAAGCUACAUUUCAUUUCAUUUUGAUAGCUUGGAAUAAAGGGAUUGUCAUAUCCAAACACA